AAUAGUAAAAAGUCAGUGGGUGGGAUUAGUAUAAAAGUCAAAACGUUUUUGAGAAGAGUAUCAUUUGUUUUAUAGACAAAUCAAUCCAACUUACAAAAAUGUUCAAAUUCUUCGUUUUCUUGUUCGUCAUCUUGGCUGUAGCUUUCGCUGCACCAAAGGCUCAACCAGUACCACAAGUGUUGGCUGCUUACAGCGCACCAGCAGUGGUUAGCAGUUACUCAUACCCAUACGCUGCUGCCAGUUAUGCUGCACCAGUUGCUUACUCUGGAUAUGGAUCUUUGGCUUAUUCUGCACCAUUGGCUUACUAUUAAUUGAAUUGAGGAUUUUGCCCUGGACAUGUUUAUAUCAAAUGAAAAUGAAUUGAUUUUUAGUUGAAAUAUAAUAGAUAUUUUUAAAUAUAA